AUGCAGGCUGCUCGUCUAUAUUCCGCCAGACCCGCCUCAACCAUCCCCUCGGUAUUCGAGAGUGUCAAAGGCCACAAAGUCCCCAUUUUCUUUUCACGCUACCCUGCCGGCAUCAGUAUUGUUGCCCGCGAAGUCGAAUAUGCUCUCCGACAGAUCGACGAGCAAGCUUGCGAGGAAGGGACAAGGGAAUGGCGCCAAGCAAUUGUCCGACACGCCAACCCAUACGGUAGCUACUUCACCAUUUGCCACUGCACGGCCUUUCCCGAAAGAUUAGUUCUGUUCUCCACCAUGGCUGAGGUGCUGUGGAUUCAUGAUGACAUGACAGAGGAGAUGGACCAUGCUUCGGCAUGCCGAGAGCACGAUGAAAUGGCAAAAGUUCUUCGACUAGAUAUUGAGGAAUCAAUGUUCAAGUCCGGAAAUCUGCGACAAAGGUCACUGGCAGCUGUGCUCCGCAAGGCAAUCGACAUUGAUCCUAAGCAAGCUCCGACUAUGAUCCAGAUGUUAAAAAAGUAUCUGGCAACAUUCGACAGCGUCGGUGGAGCUUUCACACGAAUGGAGGACUAUAUGCCAUAUCGUAUUGCCAACAGCGGCUACUGGAUGUCCUCUUACUUCGUUCGCUGGGGGAUGGGUAUGAUGCUUAGCGAUGAAGAAUAUGCUAGUAUAGAGGCGCAUGACACCGCAAUGGGGAAUGUCCUCGGUCUGACCAAUGACUACUUCAGUUGGGAUAUGGAGAAAGACCAACAAGAGGAUCGAAUGAGAAACGGAGUGGCAGUUCUAAUGAAGGAGCAUAACACAACAGCAGAAGCGGCAAAAGUGAUGCUUCUCGGUGUUAUCGUUGAGCAAGAAUCUCUCGCUGCCAAGCUCAAGGAGGAAAGAUUGAAGAAACCCGCCUCAAAAGAGAUUAGGCAAUACUUUGAGGCUAUUGAGCUUUAUGUUGGUGGAAGCUGCUAUUGGCACUCGACCGCGCCUAGGUACCAGGUACCUCACUGA